AUGAGCGAGCAACUAAAAUUUAUUGUCGAACAACUGAACAAAGAUCCGUUUCGGAAAAACUUUAAUCUAAUCACGUUUGACUCCCUCGAACCGAUGCAGCUGCUCCAGAUUUUAAAUGACGUUUUAGCUGAAGUAGACCCAAAGCAAGCUAUUGAUAUUCGCGAGGAAAUGCCCGAACAAACCGCCAAGAGAAUGUGUACUCUGCUUGGAAUGCUGAAAUACAAACCACCUGGCAACCAAUCAGAGCUGAGCAACUUCAGACAGGGUCUUGUGGUUGGCAGCAAACCUGCUGUUCAUCCCAUCCUGCACUGGCUUCUGCAGAAGGUCCCAGAACUAAAGAAGAGAGCUUACUUGGCUCGCUUUCUUGUUAAACUUGAUGUUCCUGCAGAGUUUUUGGCAGAUGAUGUCAUCAGUGAUACAUAUCACCAGUAUGAAGAACUGGUGGAAGGAUUUAAGACCAACCAUAAGGAAUGUGAGCAGCUCAGGACAUCAGGGUUUUCCACAGCAGAAAUCAGAAGGGACAUCAGUGCAAUGGAGGAAGAGAAGGGUCCACUUAUUAAACGUGUGGAAAGGUUGAAGAAGCGGGUGGAGUCAGUGUCCAACCAUCAGCAGAUGCUGGAGCAGGCCAGACAGCUGAGAAUUGAGAAGAAGCGAGAGGAGCAUUUGGCCCACCAGAAGCAAGAACAAAAGAACCAACUUUUUCAGGCAGAGCAGAGGCUGCAGAGGUUGCAGCAACAGUUAAAGGACAUGCGGCAGGCUGCAGCUGAUUCCAGUCCAGAUAGCUUAAUGAAAAGGCUCGAGGAGGAGAUCAAGAUCAACUCGUACAUGGUCUCUGAAAAACUCCCCAAAGAGUUGGAGAUCCUCCGACGUACAGUUCAGUACCUUCAGAAAGUGUCAUCAGAGCCCGCCAUGGGUCACGGUGAUCUCCUUGAGCUGGGGAACAAGAUUAAGGAAGUUGACUCUCAGAUAAAUCAGUUGAUUGAGAAGAAGAUGAUGAGAAGCGACCCUAUAGAUGACAAGCUGACUCUAUACAGGCAGCAGGCCUCCAUCAUCAUCCGUAAGAAGGAAGCAAAAGCUGAAGAGCUGCAGGAAGCAAGGGAGGAGUUAGCGGCUGCAGAGCGAGAACUGAAACAUAGGACAAACCAGGCACUGGCCUCCAAUGGGGAAGAGAUCAUCCGGGGUGAUGAGCUGAAACGUUUGGUGGUGAAACUGCGAAGCAAGGGUACAGUUUACAAGAAGAAACGUCAGGAAAUUGCAGAGCUGAAGGCUGAGUAUGGCGUUCUACAACGGACCGAGGAGAUUCUCAAGCAGAGGCAUGAGGCUGUCCAAGAGAAACUGCAAACUGUGGAAGCUGAGAAGGGUAUCUCCGGCUACAGCAAUACUCAGGAGGAACUCGAGAGGAUGUCAGCCAUCAAGAGCGAGCUAGAUGAAAAGAAGGGCCGCAAACUGGGUGACAUGUCUGAAAUGGCGAAGCAAUUAAAUUCACAGAUAGCGGAGAAGAAGUCGGCUCUCGCUCCAAUUAUCAAGGAGCUGAGGUCAUUGAGGCAGCAGUGUCAGGUUUUAAAUCAGGAAUAUGAAGAAAAGAAAUCCCAAUACGAAAGUUGUGCUGCUGGUCUGGAGAGCAACAGGUCAAAAUUGGAGCAGGAGGUGAAAGCGUUGAGAGAGGAGACGGCACAGGAGGAAAAUCGAUAUCAUUACAUCAACUGCAAGUCUGAGGUCAUUGAGAUGCAAAUACAGCGGGCGGCUGAGGAGAUGAAGGCCUACGUGUCCUCUGAUGUCCAGGAGAGGAAAAAGGCCAUCAGGGAAGUGUACAUGAAGAACAUUGCAGAGCAGGAGCUACUUGGCAAGAAGUUGCGUGAGAAACAGAAGCUGGUGAGGGAGAGCCACACUACUAACAUGGAGCAGAUGAAGAUGUGGCAAGACUUGGAGCAACUGAUGGAGUGCAAGAGGCAGUGCUUCAUAAGAGUGGAAUGCGAGGCAUCUGUCGGUCAGGUCAUCCAAGAAGGAGGAGAGGAUAGGCUGGUGCUGUGAGGGCUCACAUGAUUUCAGUACUUCCUUUUAAACCCCACUGUCCUGUUAUUUAAUUUAUUUAGUUUAAUUGCUUUAUGAAAAUGUAUUAAAAGCACAAUUUCAUCAAUCAUUGGAUAACUAUGUUUUAACAUUGGGUGACAGUUUUCUUACAUGAGCACAACUGUCCAUGACAAGGUUUGAGAUUUACAAUGUUUUAGCUCUCUGUGAGUCAGUCACCAGACGUUUUGACACGCGAUUAAUGUAGUUUCGAUCCAAGUGUCUCGUGAUAACGGCACACAUAGUGGAGUACCGGUGGACAUGGUCAACUAUUUUUAGCAGGAAUAACAUGACCUUGGACUGUUUCUUGCCAAUUUUGGAAGUAACUGUUGCCGUGUAUACAAUUAGCUAGUUAUUCUUUUUUGCCGAAAUAGUGUUUUCAUAGAUGUGAAAAUGUAAGCUAUACUAUGUUAUGUUUCUGUGUUUUAUAGGAUGUUAUAAUGUCAUGUUUAUUUUGACUGGUAAUGUGUGUUUUAUGUGCAAGAAUAAUGUCAACGAAUGUUAGAUUUUGACUUUUGUAAUGAGGAACUAUAAUGGUUUUGCAAUUAAAAUGUUCAAAAUCCAA